CGGACCUCUUUCAGUUCAACACGAGAGGAAGAGAGGGGAGAGCAGACGAUGGCGACGGCGAAGGGAGGCGGGGGUCAGAAGGGGCUCCUCUGGAGGCUGCCGGAGGUCACCUCCAAGGAGCUCGGAAAGAUCGGCCCCGCCUUCGGCCUCGGCAUCGGCUGCGGCGCUGGCGCCGGAAUCGGCUUCUUCGGUGGUGCAGGAUUAGGUUAUGGAUUUCCUGGACUCACUAUAGGCUUUGGAGUUGGAGCUGGAUGCGGUGUAGGAUUGGGUUUUGGUUAUGGCUUGGGCAAAGGAAUUGCUUAUGAUGAAACGAAAAGGCAUUCAAAUGUUGGUAAAAUGUUCCGGGAAGCUCCAAAAUUUCCUACGGACACUGUUGCUGGUUUAUUUGACGAGUUGGUGGUAAACACCAAAAAGCUUGCCACAGCAACUUCGAAGCAGAUUGAAAAAUGGCAUUGAGCUGCACCACCAUAUGGCUGCUGCUAUUGGCUAUCUUAGAUGGGGAUUAACACUUCAUCUUCAAACAUAGGCUGUUGCGUCUCAUUGUAAUAUCUUUUUUGAGCGUUCAUCAGUAAGUAGGCUUGUAUUUAGGUAGAAUUCUGAAACUGUAAUACAGAGUUCGUGUUCAAAAUUCCUGGAAAUGUUGAACAGUAUGGUUGUUAGAGAAAUAAAAUGUCAACCUGAUGAA